UAAUUCACUGUGUAGAUUAACUUAUUGCUAAUUGGUUCUUAUCAGUUAUUGGCAUUUUUACGAUGUAGAGAAAUCCUUUUAGAUAAUUUUGAGAGUUAGUAUGAAACAAGAAUCCGAUAAAGAGAUGGGUACAUAGAGACGUACAGCGUGUAUCAUACUUAUUAUGCGGAGUUAUUGAAAACAAAUACACAAAAAGUUUGGACAAUAGAUUUAUCAACGGAUUUACCAAUAUUCCAUUUGGAUCAAGUACUGAUUAACCAUUAAUAUCAGGAAGUAUUGCUCAUUCACAAAUCUUAUUUCUUUAUUAUCAUUAUAACUGAUUGUUAAACUAAAUUGGAGUAAUGAGCACCAACAGCAGUUCGGUUGUGAUCGGAAAUGGGACGAACUUGUCGGAUAUUUACAACGAGGAAGCUUACUUAGCCCAGCGAUUAGGGGUGAGACAUGUCCCCUUGUCGUUACUCGUCUUCCUCUUUAUCGUCUAUGGCACUAUCUUAAUUGCUGGAACUGUGGGAAAUAUAUGUACGUGCAUUGUCAUUGCACGUAAUAGGACCAUGCACACCGCUACCAAUUAUUACCUAUUCAGUCUGGCUAUUUCGGAUCUCCUUACUCUGAUUCUGGCAUUGCCACCAGAGCUCUACGGUUUCUGGGAAGCGUAUCCAUGGAAGUUUGACAUUGGAUUCUGCAUUAUGAAAUCUUUUAUACCGGAAAUGACGUCAUAUGCUUCAGUAUUGACAAUUACCGCAUUUACCAUUGAACGUUAUGCAGCCAUCUGUCAUCCAAUGAGAUUCCAAACUCUGUCUAGCCUUCCACGUGCUAUGAAGGUUAUUGUCGUAAUCUGGAUUAUCGCCAGCGUGAUAGCUUUGCCUUACCCCCUCCAUACACGCACAUUCUAUAUUGCCUUUGACCCGGUGACGUCAGAACCUAUUCAAGAUUCACUUGUCUGUAAUAUUCCGUUCAAAUGGCAUAAACGGAUGACGUAUAUGUUUCAAGUGUCGACGUUUGUGUUUUUUGUGUUGCCCAUGAUUAUUAUAAUUGUGAUGUAUGUGAGAAUUGGAAUUACUCUUUACAAGACUGAUAGUUUAGUUGGGGACCAGAAGAAAAAACCCAAAGUAUCGAACUGGGUAUCUAAAAAGGGCGGGAGUCAGGUACGAAAUGGCAGUAAUCUACAGGUGCCUUUUAAUGUCACCAAGGCUCGGAAAGCCGUACUCAAGAUGUUAGUUGCCGUUGUGAUAGCUUUUUUCGCCUGCUGGGCACCUUUCCACUCCCAGAGGCUGAUGACCAUAUAUGUACAACAACACCAGUGGACUAAGGAACUGUACAUAGUUCAGGACUACCUGUUCUACAUCUCGGGUGCCUUGUACUUCUUCAAUUCUGCAAUAAACCCGAUCCUGUACAAUUUGAUGUCCAAGAAAUACCAACAAGCCUUCAAACGGACUUUGUGCAACUGUGGCAGAAUGAAAGAUUUUGAUCUAAACACCAGUUUCCAGGGUUCCAACAGCCCUAACAGGGAGCGAAACUCUCACCAUGUUCACUACACUAAGAUAUCUAAAGUGGACAAAUCUCACGGAACGGUCGUCACUACGGUAGCAGACGCCACUUUGUGAUCUUAAACAUCGACACGAAUAUUGAUACAUGCAAGUAAAAAUAAUGUUUAAUAAUUGUAUAGCAUAGGAUUGGUUUAUUUAUUUAACUUAUUUUCAUUUAAGCAAUACAGGAAUAUUGUACCACAGACUUAGAAACAAGCUUAGGAAACGCCUACGUUGGUGAUCAGAAUGUUUCUAGGUUAUCCAGCAAAUGGUUUUUCGGUGCAAACCAAACGUGUAUGCUAUAUGCUAUUUGAAAGCUAAGUAUGACUAGUUCGUUGUAUCUCGUCUGAAUUUUCAAACUAUCUCGCCUCGAUUGUAAGAUCUUCAAAAAGUGAUUUCGUGGAUGUAAGGGAUGGAAAAAUUCUCUCAAAUCCAUGACGCUGCUGUCAAUGUGAUAGCGUCAUCAUUUUACGUAGCGUAACCAUGUCGCAAUAUGAUAACGUCAUCAAUUUUGACGCACAUUUCAUAGGAUAUCGAUGACGGCAAGAUGAACAGGUUUCACAAUAAUUUACAAUUUAUGUUACUGUUUGUUUUGAUAAUGACAGGAUAACUCAACCCUCUUGUAAGAGUUUUAUUGGUGAGAACUCGCCAAGCCUUGUGCUGACCAGCCGAACUCUAAACCCUUCAGAUCCAUGUAAUAUUCUAUCAUUGACAAUCUAACACAUCUCGGUACAUUCUGUGUCAACAUCAGUUCUGUCAACAUUUACAAUGAAAACUCUUUGAACCAAAAAUACGCACACAUUGAUGGAACGAUGGAAUUCACGUACAUUUCUUCAGGAAUGCCAGAUUCAUCUUUCCCGUGUUGUGUUGAUCAUCGUCAUUGCCUAGCGAUGAACUUUAUAAUAUAUUCAUUUCGGUUUUAAUGAACCUAAGGUUGUGUAUUACACAUAAAAGUUUUUUUCUGUUGUAUGAUUUAAUGAUGUAGCGUAAUGGUCA